AUGGAACCGUCAUUUCCCAACGUGAUGAACCAACCUGUGCCGCCGGAACGGACUGAAUUAGGGCCUCCGCCCAUGGUCAUCCAACAGUACGCAAGGUAUCCUCCGGCUCUGGAGCCUGGUUUACAUAGCGCUUCUUCCAUAGGCAGUGCUCGCACUCACAUAGCUCCCUCCAAAUCCCCUCCUCUGGCGCGCAAAGCUACCCCGCGCAGUCUUCAGGCAUCGCCAACCGGCCCACGGCCCAUAGCGCCGCCUCCACCUCCACCUCCACCACCACCUGCAAUGGUGGCGCACUCUGGACCUUCGAUCUCACCUCCGAUGUAUGAUUCUAUUCGUCCCCGGCCUCCACGGGACUCGAUGGAUCAGACUGAAACCCGAUCCCUGCCUUCUCGCGAUUUGACUGACAGCUCCAUCGAUGAUGCCUACAUCAUGUUUGUCUUCUACUGCAAUCCAAACGUCCCUCUGUCCGUGGAUACCUCAGAGCUCCGCAAGAACUUUCGCUGCCCACCUCGGAGUGAUGGCAAGAGUUUCAGUAUAUUCGCACUGUGGGAGCUUAUUCGGAAGCUAGACAGCAAAGAGCUAAAGACAUGGAUACAACUGGCGAUCGAGCUGGGGGUAGAACCGCCUUCAUUAGAGAAGAAACAGAGUACCCAAAAGGUCCAGCAAUAUGCUGUUCGGCUCAAGCGCUGGAUGCGCGCAAUGCAUGUGGAUGCCUUCUUCGAGUAUUGUCUCGGUCAUCCGCAUCCCUACUACACCCAUCUUCCGCCUGCUAAUGUGAUCAGCGACAGCCGCGAUGGAGUGCCUCUUGAAGAAGAUCUUGCGCUACGGGCUCUGGUUCCGCAAUGGAGGCCGAAAAGGGGACGGAAACGAGCUGAGGAAGAAAACGAAAGACUAGCCAUGGCGAAAAGGCCCCAUCUCGAUCCAACAAUGGGCGUCCUGCAGCCAGGGCCAUUCCCAGGCCCUCCAGGACCAUACCCACCAGGUGCCCUGCCAUUUAGCACCUUUCCUGACGAGAUGGGGUCGCAUGAUCCGUGGAUGGGCAGCGCACCUCCAUUCCCACCGGAAGGGACGACUGAACCUUCGUCGCAGUCUAACCCGGACCUGCGGUGGCGACCUAUCGAACGAGAUGCUUCCCCAGGGGGUUAUCCGCAUUCUGCUAUAGCACCUAGAAGCCAGCAUGAGUCUGAUGUCUUCAUCCAGCCUGCAGAACCGCGCUCAGCGGUCACAAUGUCUUCUUCCGGGGAGAAGACGCGGCCUAAACGACGCCAUGGCCCAGCAGUGUCAUCUGCCUGGCCGAGCAACACUGGCAGUAAUGGAAAGACCCGAGGCCGGCCACCAAAUCGAGGGACUGUUUCUGGACCUUUCUCUUCGUUCCCAGUCAAUCCCAAUCGCACUGAUGCAUCUCAUUUACCGGGCCCAGGGCUUCGGUCUUCCCCUGCUAUGCUCCUGGAUCAGGACCCUGCCAGUCGUUACAAUCAUUCUCCUUUCCAGCAGUCCCCUACGCCGUUCCAUUUCGGUCCCAAGCCAGAUAAAUUACAGCUCCAGGUACCACCCCACCCCGGCACACCUGUCCGUCUGGCAACCCCUCCUACCCUGAUGGUCAAUGGUAUCAACAAUGCUCCUGGCUCAACAAAGAUGGAAGGGCAGGGAACGCAGCGUAAUGGCACCCUUGCUCCUCUAAACGACUUCAUGAGUAAUGUGGGCGUCACCAACCCAUCUGCUUACGCAAACCGCAAUAGCGUACCACAUGCGGAUAUAUCUUCCGAUGACGUUGUACGUGUACUGUCAAGCGAACUUCUUCGUGGAAAGACCACCGGUCGGUCUGCUCCCCUCAGCACUGAAGAGGCCCGGGCUCUUGCAAUGUCUGUAGUGUCCAGCUUGACCACUACAUAUGCAAAGCUACCAGCCGGCUUGGCGGCGCUUAUGUCCGCCUUACAUCUGGGACUUGGACAGCAAUUUGGCUAUCCAGGAGUGACAGACAGCCUGAUGACCGUAAAUGUCGAGUCAGGGCCUGCCAUAACCUCAGACACGCCAAGCACCGAUGGAAGCCCCAACUAUGUGUACACCAUUUCUCAUGAGUACAAGCACGGACUUCGGUUUUCGACCAAAGUCACAUACGGCGACCUCAGCAUUAGCACUCCCACUCCGGACAGCCACAAGCUCGACCUUACGCCCCGGGUAACCGAGGAACUUGAAGCCAGCAUAGCAGAAGCCGACAGCAUGACAGAUGCUGAAUUCGAAGUGGAUGCGGAGGAUUCCACCCCCGACGCAACGUGGAAACAAAGAUAUCUCAAACUCCGAGCGCAGGUGCAGCGAAAGGAGCGAAUGUUGUCGCAAUAUAAGCGCAAAAUCCUAGAGUCUGUGAUGGCAGACAUAUAG